AGACGAUCUGGCGACAGAGCAAAGCGAGAAGGAGAUAGCGCUAUCCGCUUUGUUGAAUGAUAGACAAGGAUAGCAUUGCUAAUCAAACUCAGCCAUUAUAACGUGGACCUCACUAUAGUCACUAUAUUCUAGUUGUUAUUCAAUUGACCGAAUGUCAGAUCAAAUCAACCCAAUGUUUUGCAGUGAUUUGAAUUGGUGUGUGGUUUCCGCAGGUGAUGGUGAUUGGUUCCGUGGUGUUGAACGAGAUAGUGGUGGGACUUGCGGUGUCCUACCUGAGCGUCCUGAUGUGUGGCAUCGGUGUCCUGAUGGCGUGGCGUGGCUUCUCUCCCCUCCGCCAACUGCCCACCUUCCACUGGGUGUGCGCCGAGUUGGCGCUCCACAUAACUCUCACAGAGUUUUGCACAGCCGCUUGUUUUAUAAGCACAUUCACAAGCAGCACCACGAGUGGAGGGCUCCAAUCUCAGUUACCGCCAUCUACUGUCAUCCCAUCGAGCACACAUUCAGCAAUCUGUUGCCGCCCUUCCUCGGGGUAAGCUCCAGCAUAGAUACACAACAUAUCCCAUGGUGUUGUGUAUCAAGUUCAGAUGAUACUGUAUCAUGUGUAGUGAUACUGUAUCAUUCAUGGUGAUACCAUAGAGAAAAGAUAGCAUAAG